AUAUAUAGAAUAGACAACGACCAAGAAGGAACUCACCGUGGCUCGUCGUCCAUCUACGCUCACCGCCCCGCCUGCUAUAUCUCUGACAUGAGCACCACUGUCGUCACAACCUCAAGCACGAAGAUAACGCGUCGCGAACCGUUGAGGGCGAUUGAUAUGGCGACGUCGCAGGCGCAGACGCGUCCUGCGUCGUCGUCUGCGCAAGAUACGGGGAAAGGAAAGAGAUCACGAGGCGCAGCAAAGACGAAGGAGGAUGCGGUAGCGGUGAACACAGGCAUGAAUGGGAGAGGUGGGAGGACUGUGGAUAGCAAGAGAAAAGCUGACUAUGAUGAGGAUGUGGAUGGUUUCCAGUUCACACGCCCGAGCAAACCGAAGAAGCCUAGGACUUCAGUUGCAGAGAGGGUCGAGGAGGAACCGGCUCAACGGAGAUCACCCAAGAGAGGGAGACCGACGAAGUCGAAAACGGAGGCAGAAGUGAAUGGCGUAACGGAAGAGACUACGAAAACCAACGGAGCAACCAAAGGGAGGGGGAGACGAAGAAGUUCGAGGAUUACGUCUGCGGAACCUGACAGAGCAUCUGAGGAGCCUUCUCGUCCGACUCGCAAAUUUGACGAUAUCGAUUCACUUUCAGUUGAGCCCAAGAAGAAGAGAGGCAGGCCCAGCAAAUCUGGUACCGAAAACAAUACGUUCAUGUCACCCGAACCGUCGCAGCCAGGAACGUCAAAGAUUGCCUUGCCAGUUGCAGAUACCCCAGUUAUCCGUCGAAACAAGGAGAUGAGAACGGAGAAGGGUAAAAAGGGCCAAAGAAGGAGUAGUCUUGGGAUGCGAGGAAGAAGAGCCAGUUCUCUGAUAGACUCUGGCGCCUCCAAUGGUGGGAGAGACCCUCUCGAGCAACCCGGCUACCCUGGAAUAGAACGGAGUACUAAUACUUUUCUUGCAGCGCUUCCACACAAGGAAGUCAACGCAGCCGAUUUCUACAAACACAUCGCUAGCGAUCUUCCAGAGCCACGGAGAAUGCGGCAACUGUUGACAUGGUGUGCUACUCGAGCAAUGGGGGACAAGCCAUCGGGGUCUCGAUCAGAUGACGAAAGUGCAAGAUUAGCAGCACGAGUCAUUCAAGAGGAACUGUUGAAAGACUUUGCAAACGUAUCUGAGCUAUCAGAUUGGUUCGGCAGACAAGAGACAGAGCCUCCGGCAGUGGUUGUCAAGAAGCCCAAUCCCAAGAAUAUCCAAAAUGCAGAGAAGAUAAAGGAGCUCGAGGAACAAAUACAGAGGUUACAAAACGAACGUCAUUCUUUGAAUGCUCUAUUGCGAGCACCUUCUAUUCCGCAUACGAAAUCUCUGCAGUCAGAACGACAAACGGAGAGCCAAGGUGGUAGAACCGACUCCCAAUUGCCAGAGACCCAAGACAUCGACGCAUCUCUCUUGGAUCCUUCACAGAGAGAUCUACUAGCAAUCUUGAACCCCGCACUGCAGCAAGCAGGUGCAAGCCGGCGGAGCCCACAGCAGUCUCCUUCGGCGGACCUAUUGUCCAAUACGACUAUAUCUGCUGUCUCUUCUCGUUUAUCGCAGGUGACAUCGUCUUUAGCACCUACGCUUGACUCUUUUGCUGCAGGUGUCCAUGAUAUCGAGCUCUACCGUUCUGCGGCAGACAAUGUGUCUUCGCAGAUACUGCGCAUCUGUGCCCAACGACUAGAGGAACGAGACAUGCAGAACUCCCUUGAACGAUUAGAGAUCGAGGGAAGUACAGACGAGGGCGAGGGCGAGGGAAGAGCAAGGGUACGAAUAAGACGCGAGAAACCAAGAGACGUCAGUCUCGUCUUGGGCGCGUUGAGUCGCUUGGAGAAGCGAUGAAAGUGGUCGAUGGCCAUAUCGACUGUCAUGUGAUAUCUGAUUUGUUGCAUCUACUUUAUGUAUCUUUCUUCAACCUCCCUCAAGGAAG